GGGGAGAGAGUGAGACCGAGCGCAUCAUUAGAAAAAGUCUCACACUUGAUUCAAGAUAGCGUCACUCAUUUGACAGCCUGACAUCCUAUAGGCUGGUCGUUCAUGGGACACCGCGCGUGAUAACAGAAAAAAAAAAGGUCUAACAAAAGUGACAGGUCACACUUGUUGGCACACAGAUGAGCUCAGUGUGGGGAUGCUGUCAGUGACCUGCGCAUCAAUGGAGAUGUUUGGUGACGGUAGAGUGCCAAAUGGGACAUGUACUUCAACUUAGCCGGGGCUCGUGCAUGUGUAGGCCACUCCACUUAGCACGCAUGAACUUUUCGGUCCUGCACGCGCCGCUGCAUCCUUCUUCUCGCGGACAAUGAAGACGACUCGCAAAUGCAGGAGCCUUCUGUCGGUUAGCUUGAACUUCUUCGCCCUGUUCUUCUCAAUAACGGCGUUUAUAACGACUUACUGGUGCGUGGGGACCCAGAGAGUCCCCAAGCCAAAGUGCAGCAAGUUGAGGACACACCAGUGCAUAGACUACGGAGUGAACGAGACGGACCCGAACAAAGUGGUGUACAGCUGGGAGACCGGGGACGACAGGUUUCUGUUCCGACAGUUCCACACCGGCAUCUGGGUCUCAUGUGAGGAAAAUAUCCACGAUGAAAGUGAGAUGUGCAGAAGCUUCAUCGACUUGGCUCCUGCAUCAGAGAAAGGGAUGUUGUGGCUGUCGCUGGUUUCGGAGAUGUUGUACAUUGUUCUGCUGGUGGUGGGCUUCAGCCUCAUGUGUUUAGACUUGGUCCACUCCAGCAACGUCAUUGAUGGACUAAAGCUCAAUGCCUUUGCUGCCGUCUUCACUGUGCUCUCAGGUCUUCUUGGCAUGGUCGCUCAUGUGAUGUACACACAGGUCUUCCAGGUGACUGUCAGCCUUGGCCCACCUGAUUGGAGGCCCUACAACUGGGACUACGGCUGGUCCUUCUGCAUGGCCUGGGCAUCCUUCACCUGCUGCAUGGGCGCAUCAGUCACCACCCUCAACUCCUACACGAAGACUGUCAUCGAGUUUAGGCACAAACGCAAGACUUUUGAGCAAAGCAUCCGCGAGGAGCAUGCACAAGAGGCUUUUGGAUAUUUCCGGGAACGCUCUCUGCACUCCAUCUCCAAAUCCAUGGAGGUUUAUUCCAGCCAGACCUUGAAAAGUGGCAGGAAAACACUCAUACCGGCUGACUCUCUGGACCUGAGUGACCUUCCAACAUCUUUGGGGGAGGAACAGUGCUGAACGGGACAGGACAGGAGGGGUGGCAUUCCUCUUAGUGUGGCAACCUGAUGGAUGAACGCGCUGUUGUCAUGAUGUGUUUUCCACUUAGUACUGGACUAGUCUCGCAUCGCCAGACCUUCCUCCGCAGCGCUGCGGAUGGGAGAAAAGCAUGCUCUGGUUUGUUGGCAUUUCUUUAAACAAAUCACAAUUGUCUUGGGCUGCACUACCCGCCAUACAGAGCAACUACCUCUUGCAAAAUAGCCCUCUGGAAGCAACUUGUUUGGUUGGAACAUUUGUACUUUCAAAUAUUGUGUCAGUUGUGCAACAGAAAACUCAGAUUGGACAGAUAGUCUAGCUAGCUGUUUCGAUUUACCCUGCAGAGAUCUGAGGAGCAGUUAACCAUGGUCCUCAUAAAUCGACCGGAGUUUAAAAUGUCAACACAAAGAAAGCAGAAGGAACUGGACGUCUGGCUGAAAUGAAAGACAUCAAGCGGAAUUUCCCGUUGCACCUAAACAAUCCCAGAAGUGUAAUGUUGUGGAUAUAGACUAGUAUAGGGCAAACCGCUAACAGGAUGUGAGGCCACAUCAUUAGCUCCACCUGCUUCAUUUUAACACUGCCUUAAUUGUGGGUCUGUUGGUCAUGUUGGGAGUCACAGAGGCCCUGUUCAGACCUGGCAUUAAUAUGUGUCUCAGUCAUCACUGGACAGCUGUAGGACACAUAUGGUCACAUUCUUUUAUCCGGAUACAUGCCAAUGUCCUGGGCCACAUUGAUGGACAUUCUAUUCAAGGGCCAUAGGAGCUUCAAACCAGCUGAUAACUGAAAAACGUGGACAUGAGCUAAUCUCAUGCAUGAAUGUGUUUUCCUCUGUUUGUGUAACCUACCAUGAUUUAAAAGAAAUGUCAAGUAUACCCAUAUACAGUGAGGGCCUCUUAGAUGUAAAAGCCUUAUUAAUCAUGAUUCAGUCAAUCAAUAAAUAAAUGCAAAGACAGUGUGAUAGUUGGUCUCUGGUUAACUGGUUUUCAUUCAAUAAAUCCACAGAGACUUACUGCAAA